UUAGAUUAUACCAUUAUGAAAAACAUAAAAGAAAGAAAAGGAGAGAAGAAAAAGAAAGUGGCCAAGUAGCCAUUAUUUUAUUGUAGUGAUAAUAAACAAGAGUAAUAUUAAUCUUUCUAAAUUGGACCUACUAGCUUUAUCAAAGUAAAGCUUCUGAUUGAACCAUAAACCAGCAUCACCCUUGCAAAGUCACGAUCAAUUAACCCCUCUAAAAUAUUGCAUAGUGACAAUUGCUUGUUGCUUGUUGCUUAGGAGCCCGAGGGGUGUGAGGACUGUGAACCCAUGCACUUUUCCCGUCCCCCUUGCUUCAAAGUAAUUACUAUUAGAAAAUUCAACACAUAAAUCCCUUAAUCAUCUUUUAUCGCAAGAUCAUAACAUAUCUUGUUGCAUUCUAUCUGGAGUAGUAUAGUUGAAAUGAAAUUGUCUUGCCAGAAUUACCUGUCCCAUCUACACAAGCAAUCAGACAUUACACAAGCAAUUGACAACCUCCGUGUUCAUAUGAACAGUGGAUGCAAAAUCACUAAUAUUUGUUUCAAUGCUUUUGUGCAGAAUAAUUUUGAAAAAAAAAGAAGAAUUAUUAGCUUCCCAAAGUGCAUAUGUUGAUGGAGAAACUAAUUUAGCUAGCGAGCAAUCUCAAUUAAGUGAAAUGGAUAUUUGGGUGCUAUCAGUUGGUGGAAAGAAAAAUGGAAGAGUUGCAGGCCUUGGCUCUUUGGGUCGAUCUGUAAAAGUACCUAAGCAAACAAUAUUUGAUGUGUCGGAAGAAGUUGAUGAUCGGAUUAGAGCCCAAGUUCAUGCGUUAAAUGCUGAGUUAUAUAAUCAGUUGGAAGAAACACAACGCCAAAAUAAAGAGAUGAGGCGCCAAAAUAAAAAGAUGAGACACCAAAACAAAAAAAUGAGGAAGGAGUUAGGUGACACAAAUGAGAAAUUAGCAGCAUUGAUAAAGCAUGUGGGUUACCCGACAUCAUCUUCGAAUGCACAAUCAUCAUCUUCGGAAGACAAUCAAGAUUCACAGAGUGAUAAUGAUGAUAACAACAACUCGGUAGAUCAGUAUGAUUUGGAUUGAGAUACUUGGUUGUACUAUUUCA